AUGUCAUCGCUAAUGCUUGUAAGCUAAAAAAAUACGGAGAUGAGUAAAAGGGUACAAAUGACUGAUGAUCAUGCUAAAAGCUAUGUAAAAGCUGGAUGUUUCACAGGAACUGAUACAGAAUGCAUUUUUGCUUUACCAGUUGGAGCCACAACAGAAACAAAGGCUUGUAGAUUAAAGUAAUGUGAAGAUAUCACUGGGGGAACAUCAAAUGCUAAUUGUAUGGGUAUUAUUUCUGGAAAGGAUUGUGUAUCUAAUGGAACAUGUUGCAUCGCAAAGGCUGCUUGCUUAACAUAUAAGACGAUUACAUCUUUUAAUAGAGGUGGCUUAGAAAACAAUAAAUUAACUAUUUGUACUUUCACUCCUAAAGGAACUGAUAAGGUUAAUGGAACAUGCAAGAAUUUUACAGCAUGA